UGUGAGGGGUGAUGACCAGUGUAAGGAGGACAUUCCUACAGAUAAGAGUCCAGAUGACUGUACUGGGAGCUCGGAGGGACAAUUUAUAUCUACAGAUUAUAAAGCAGAUGAUCCGGGUGUCACAUCAGAUACGUAUGAAGAUUGUGCCAUUAUCCCAGAUGUACUAUCCACCCUUCACAGCAAAACUGUGUCAUCUGAUCCUUUAAAACAAAUCCGAUCUUCUGAUUCAUCACAGACUGUGAACCAGAAUGCAAGCCACAAAAGGGGUGAGGGAGCCCUAAGAGCUCAGAAAGGAAACAAGUCCUAUCCAUGUUCAGAAUGUGGGAAAUGUUUUACUCACAAAUCAGAUUUUAUGAGCCAUCAAAUUAUUCACACAGUGGAAAAGCCAUAUUCGUGUUCAGAAUGUGGGAAGCGUUUUGGUUUGAAAUCAGUUCUUUUUCAACAUGAAAAACAUCAUGCAAGGAAGACUCUGUAUCCAUGUUCAGACUGUGGGAAAUGUUUUACUCACAAAUCAGAACUUGAGAGGCAUCAGAGAGUUCACACGGGAGAGAAGCCGUAUUCAUGUUCUGACUGUGGGAAAUGUUUUACUCAGAAAUCUUCUCUUGUUGUCCAUCAGAGAAUUCACACAGGGGAGAAACCGUAUUCAUGUUUGGAUUGUGGGAAAUGUUUUACUUGUCAAUCAGAUUGUGUUAAACAUCAGAGAAUUCACACAGAGGAGAAGCCAUUUCCAUGUCUUGAGUGUGGGAAAUACUUUAGCCAUAAAUCAAAACUUGUCAAACAUCAGAGAAUUCACACAGGGGAGAAGCUAUAUUCAUGUUCAGAAUGUGAGAAAUAUUUUACUACAAAAUCGUCUCGUCUUUUACAUCAAAGACUUCACACAGGGGAGAAGCCGUAUUCAUGUUCAGAAUGUAGCAAAUGUUUUUCUCAGAAAUCAAAUCUUAUCAAACAUCACAGAAGUCAUACAGGAGAGAAGUCAUUUUCAUGUUCAGAAUGUGGUAAAUGUUUUACUCAGAAAUCAAGUCUUGCUAUACAUCAAAAAAUUCACACAGGUGAGAAGCAAUAUUUUUGUUCAGAAUGUGAAGAAUGUUUUGCUAGAAAAUCAACUCUUCUUUUACAUCAAAGACGUCACACAGGGGAGAAGCCGUAUUCAUGUUCGGAAUGUGGGAAAUGGUUCACUCAGAAAUCAAAUCUUAUUAAACAUCAGAGAAUUCACACAGGGGAGAAGCCGUAUUCGUGUUCAGACUGUGGGAAAUGUUUUACUCAGAAAUCACAUCUUGAGAGCCAUCAAAGAAUUCAUACAGGAGAGAAGCCAUAUUCAUGUUCAGAAUGUGAGAAAUGUUUUACUAAGAAAUCAAGUUUUGAGAGACAUCAGCAAAUUUGCACAAAGGAGAAGCCGUAUUCAUGUUAGGAAUUUGGAUGGUGGGGAAGAGAAAUAAAAGUGCUAAAAACGAAAAAUGGUUGCAGUGGGAAGGGGUUAUAAAUUAAAGGAAAUGUGGUGGGUGUGGAGCUCCCAUAUAGGAUGCUUUAUGAACGUGUAGAAAAAUGGAGGCUCCAGAACUCGUGGUAAAGUUUUGUCAAUCCCGGUCUUUAUUGCACCAAAUUGUAUAUACAAGUACAGUGGCAGAAUCUGGGGGAGUGAAGAGGGGUGCCACUGUACUUGUAUAUACAAUUUGGUGCAAUAAAGACCGGGAUUGACAAAACUUUACCACGAGUGCUGGAGCCUCCAUUUUUCUACAUGUUGUGAUGUUUGGACUGGCUUGGGUCUGCUCCGCGCAUUGAAUCACAGGAUGAAAUUGGGUGAGCUGGACAACUUACUAUUUCUACUUUAGGAUGCUUUCUGCUUAGAGAUGAGAGAAUUUGUUUAGCAUUUACUAAAAAUUCAUCUUCCGAAUCUUUUAAAAUGGUGUCCUCAAUCUGAGGAUCUGAAGACAGCAUGACGAGGAGGAUGGAGAAGGUAGAGCACAUGACCCUGCCGGGGCCCUGGCUGCAGGGCUUGCCCAUAAUGACUUGCAGUCAGCCUCAGCCAAUCAGGAGAAAUGAUGCUGACGUGUCAUGAGCACUAUAUAUGAUCCACUUUAUAUUGCUGUAAAAGCAGGGGCGAACUGGCCAAUGGGACGAUGCCGAGGGGGACUCCUGAGCCCUUCUCAUCACUGCUGGAUGGAUGCAUAAUGAUCUCUUGCUCUCAGUAGCAAUUAAUGCUAGGAGCAUCAGGUAUUUAAAAGGCUUUUCUGGGCUUAAACAGUUAUUUAACAUUAAACAUGCCCUGGCCAUACUAAUAUAUAUAUGUGUGUGUGGUCCCUCAAGUUACAAUAAUAAUUCGUUCCAGAACCAACAACCAAUUGUAUGUUGAAACCAUUGUAAGUUGAGUAAUCGGUUCCGAAGCCCCAAAAUGUCACCGAACAGAAGAGAAAAUGAAGAUUUAAGAACAAUAAGCAGAUAUCGAAGACAUAAAACAAUUUGGAAAAAUUCACCAUUUUCUAAAAUUCUAUUUCUUUGCUUCUUGCCUCAUAAAAUAUUUAUGACUUUACAUUCCCCACAUUCCUACUUUAUGUUGGCAUCAUUUGGUGAUUGUCA